AUGCUUACAGUGAGCGAAGUUGUUCCGGUGGAAAAACUUGCAAUAAUUCGACAAAUUGAGAUGUCAAUGCCUUCGAUAAAUUCGGCGGCAUCUUCAGAGGCAAAUGUUCAGUGGCCUGUUACCCGCACGGCCUACGAAAUUGUAAAAUCCAUCGGCCAGGGUGCUACUUCUGUGGUGCAUGAGGCACUAUGCAAACCACUCAAUCGAAGAUGUGCGAUGAAAAUAAUUAAUCUUGAUAAGUCUAGCACAUCAGCCUCCCUUGAAGAAAUAAACCGCGAGAUAAAGUCAAUGAAGAACAUGAAAAAUGAGAAUAUUGUUGCAUACUACGCCUCCUUUGUGGACAAAACCGAGCUUUGUAUUGUUAUGGACCUUUGUCAACGAGGUAAUAUUCCAAAUGGUUCGUUACUUGAUGUUAUUAAGUUUAUUCAAAGUAAAAGAGAUAUAACCUAUGGUGUCUUCGAUGAAUACACCAUCGCCACAAUUUUAAGGGACGUGCUACGUGGUCUCGCAUACAUUCACGAGGGCGGUCUUGUUCAUCGGGAUCUAAAAUGUGGAAAUUUAUUGGUGAAGGACGAUGGCGUGAUACAGAUCGCCGAUUUCGGUGUCGCAGGCUUUCUGGCGAGUCAGCCGCUGUCAGAGACGGGCAGUAUAGGACCUCGACGCUUCACGUUUGUCGGUACACCCUGCUGGAUGGCUCCUGAGGUCAUGCAGCAGACCGGUGGCUACAAUCACAAGGCCGAUAUUUGGUCCAUUGGAAUUACGACCAUCGAAAUGGCAACCGGACAAGCUCCCUAUGCCAAGUAUGCCCCCAUGAAGGCAGGUUUUUCACCCUUCUCUGAACUUGUAUUAAUGCUAACGCUGAAAAAUGAACCACCGGAUAUCGAUACAGUGGCGACGGUGUCGAAUCAGUAUGUGGAAUACGGUCACAAAUUCCGGAAAUUCACCCGAUCUUGUCUUACAAAGGACCCCAAUCAACGGCCCACUGCUAGAGAGCUUUUCAGCCACUCCUACAUCAAAUCCAAGGCUAAGGAUCGCGAGUUGCUGUGCCGCGUGUUGCUGAGCGGCGAGGUUCCGACCCCUCCACUGAAACAAAAUCGGCACCACGAAGACCGGCUGGAGAAGCGUGAUAAGCAAAACGUCAGCACAGAGUGGAAUUUCGACACACUGGGUCGACAGACUUCCCCCGGUCACUACUACACGAGCGACGACGACAGUGACGAAGGUGGUCAGGGCGGCUACAACAACGAGAACACCACCAUCCCCUCUGGCUCUGCUGCUGUUCCACCGCCACCACCACCUCGCUCGGGUUCGUUAAUCUCGGGGAUGUCGCCUACGCAACCUCCUCCCGUGCCCGCCGGAACUCCUGCCUCUCCCCAAACGAAUCACCCCAACUUCGGGCACAUUACCAACUUUUCCCAUCAGGGUGGUGGUGAACAGGGUGGCUCCGUUGAGCCAACUGGCCCCUACUACCGUCUCACUCUGCGCAAGCGAAAUCCUCGUCAACGAAACGAGCUUCAGGAUAUCAGCUUUAAUUAUGUCAUUGGGAAAGGAGAGUUUAAAAAUUCGGCCGAUGUUCUGGCCAGAGAGUUGGUUGAGGCUGAUCUCCUGGAUGGCUGUGAUCUCCUCCUUGUUGCACACCACAUGAGUGAACUUGUUGCGCAUCCGAACGAGCGGGAGCACUGCUUCCCUUUGAAUUCGCCCCCGGCUCCAGGUCAGGUUCCUGUGGAAUCGGAGUUGCAUGGCUACGCGAAAAUCCUCAUUCGCCUUGUCGACGGAUCAGCGCAGUAG